AUGUAUACUUACACGCAACUCGUAGACGACGGAAAUGGUCUGUCUGAUGCAUACCCCGAGCUGUCCCCCGAUGACCCAAAGCACAAGUGGGCUGUGAACGGCCACAUUAGCAACGAGGUGUUUGCUAUGGCAGAUUAUGACUUGCUCACGAUCGGAAACCAUGAAUUGUACAACUUCAGUGUUGCGAGAGAUGUGUAUGAGUACUUUGUGCCGCAUUGGGGCGACCGAUACCUGACAUCGAAUGUCAACAUUUCGCUACCAGAAGCAGAUGGCACUCUGCGUUCGCGUCCCAUUGGUCAGCGAUUCACCCGAUUCAAGACGCGCAACCAGCAACUAGAUAUCCAGGCAUAUGGUGUCUUGUUUAAUUUCCAACUGGGUGCCGAGGGCAUUCAAGUACAAGAUCCGAAAGACAUGGUGCGCGAGCCAUGGUUCCAAGAGUCACUGCGCGCAUUUUCGCACGUAGAUGCAUUUGUUAUUGCAGGCCAUAUGCCAGUGACAGGGCAUGAUGGCUGGGAUGCGUUGCAUGCUGCCAUUCGCGACGUCUGGCCGACGACGCCGAUUCUCAUGCUCGCUGGUCACACACAUGUACGUGACUGCCGCAUGUUGGAUGAUUAUGCCAUGGCACUCGAAAGUGGUCGGUACUUGGAAACGAUCGGCUGGAUGAGUGUGUCAAAUGUUUCAUUCCGAGCGACCCACAUUCUCGCGGCGCUACAUUGA